AUGAAGUUCACCUCCGCCAUCGCUGUUGUUCUCGCUGCCCUCCCCAUCAUGGUCUCCGCCGCCACGACGGCCACAAAUGCCGCCGACGCGUGCACGCAAGCCUGCUGCGACGCUAUUGUUCCCGGCGUCAGACCCUCUGGAAACGUUGGCAGUAAGUCGUUAUUCUUGACAAGUUAUAUCAUCCCGCUCGCUGCAUUGCAUUCAAUGGGCUCUAACAAUUCAACUGCCAUGCGGACAGCAUUGGAGACUGUGGAUUCACGGGCCAAUUCCUCACAUGCUGCGCGCGUAUUGUACGUGACUCGCGAACUUUGA